GCAGCACUCACCGGGGCGCGGUCCUUGGGGUGGAGUUCUCCGCCACAGCUCAUCUCUGGGAGGAUUUAACCCAUCUGCAUACUCGGAAGAUCCACUGCUUUCGUUACUGCUUCACCUCUCCUGAACUUUUCCGGGUGUUUUUUGUUUUGGAAACUGGUUUUAACCUGUCUGUUCAGCGGAAAAGGCGCCGAGUUGGGGUAAAAUGAUGGUAUCGGAGCCUCUGCGAUCGGCUACGGCCAUUGGGAUCGCGGAGGACACUUCGCUCGCGCUGCCCUCCGACCACAACUUGAGCUCGGGACAGCAGCGCGUGCUGGAUCAAGUUCACACCAUUAAGAGGAGCAAGUCCAGGCAAAGCAGGAACGGCACUCUUUCUCCCUCACCUACAAGUCUGACUCCAACCACUUUGACCUAUAGCGAGUUUGGGGCGUUCAAGUUCUCGCCAACCAAAGUAAAUGGCACCUUCAGUCGCACCAGCUCCGCCAUGUCAGCAGGCUACGACAAAGCGAUGCAUACUCAGCGGAGUCGUUCGACAUCCGCGAGAACCACUGCAGGAAGACAUGUCAGCAACUCGGGCACAUGGGAGCAGCAAAUCAGCAUUUCUAACUGGCCCCAGAAACCCAAUGGAUUGAAACCAAGUCGUAGCGAUCCUGCUCUGGUUCCACCUUUUUCUGCUGUUCCAGUAGCUACCAUGAAAGCCAAAGGACAGACGGCUCAAAACCAAAACACUGUUCAGGCUCGAGGAAAUAGACAGAGCACCCAUUCCAAGAUUAAUGGCACAUACAUCACCACCAGCCAGACACGCAUGGUCCGCCCGCCCUCUAUUCACUCUCAUAACGAGGGCAAGAUGGGUACCCUCAAAAUAUCUAAAAUAGGGCAAACAUCAGCAGUGAACUCUGGAUUAAACAUGUCAGAUCUGACCCUCAAGGAGGCUGUGGAGUUUCUGUCUCACCCCGAGGAGAAUUACCAGCAGUGUGGAGCUACAUUCAUCCAACACACCACCUUCAAUGAGGACAGCACCAAAGCUGAGGUAUUACAGCUCAGGGGUAUUCCAGCUUUGGUGACUCUGCUGCGAAGCCCCAACCCAGACGUGAGUCAGGUUGCUGCUGGGGCUCUGAGGAAUCUUGUCUUUAAGGACCAGAAAAACAAGCUGGUGGUUCAGGACUGUGGUGGGAUAGCUAAGGCCCUGCAGCUACUGCAAGAGACAGAUUCUACUGAGACCCAAAAACAAGUCACUGGUCUGCUAUGGAACCUGUCCUCCGCUGAUGAUCUAAAGAAAGAACUUACAGCCACGGCACUGCCCGCCCUGACGAAGAAUGUGGUGAUGCCUUUCAACAGCUGGUCAGACAGCAGCGGCAGCAGCCACAUAGAUCCAAGUGUCUUCUACUUUGCCACAGGCUGCCUGCGGAACCUGAGCUGUGGCAUAAAGAAUGAGAGGCAGGCUAUGAGAACCUGCCCCGGCCUCAUUGACUCCCUGAUGAGUUACCUCCAGUCCUGUGUGGCAGAGGAAAACCCUGAUGACAAGUCUGUGGAGAACUGUGCAUGUAUUCUCCAUAACCUGACCUACCAGCUAGAACAGGAAUGCCCUGAGAGUUUCAGCAACUAUUAUCCACAAAAAGAGACCCAAGCUGAGAGUAAGAAAAGCCCAACAGUUGGGUGCUUUAGCCCCAGGAGCAGCAAGGCUCAAAAGGAGUUUUGUUUUGACGAGAGUCAAGCAUUGCCAGGAAAUGGCGCUCCAUCAGGGGUCAAGUGGUUGUGCCAUCCUAAAGCCGUGGAUGUCUACCUGGCUCUGCUAAGCUCCUCCCAGAAUGACGCCACCCUGGAGGCCAGCUGCGGUGCCCUGCAAAACCUGACUGCCAGUGGAGAACGGGGGUCCACCGCUGUGAGCCAGAUUUUGAUUCAAAAGCUCAAGUCUCUGUUCCUUUUGCCCUCUCUUUUGAAAUCACCCAACCAAACCCUCCAGAAGACCGCUUUGUCUUUGCUUGAUAACAUGUCCCGCCCCAGCAGUUUGCAGGCCAGCAUGGCAAAGUUUGUGUUACCUGAGCUCACCAGCCUCCUCUCCAACGGCGCAAAACAAAUGGGAAACUCUGAUGAAGCUAUAGCAACAGCUUGCAGCGCAGUACGGAGACUCAUUGUGGCAGACAAUGAGGUCAGCAAGAAGGUCAUCAAUAGUGAUCUGGUUUAUUCCCUUGCAGAGCUCAGUGAAAAUGAGUCUCUUCCCAAAGGCAGCAAAGCAGCCUCAGUGCUGCUGUACAGCAUAUGGAGCGAGAAAAAUUUGCAAAGCAUUGUUAAAAAGCUUGGGAUGAAUAAAUCACUCUUUCACAAUGAAAAAACCACAGCAGCACACCAGUCGGUGCAGAUUAUUGAGUGAAUGCUACGGACAAGGUUAACAAAACACGCCUUUUGGAAGUUCUAUGUCUGCUUCUUCUCCCUGUGUCCCCAUGUGUUCGUGCCUGUGCUUGCAGAUGGAAACCAGCAUGAUUGCAGACUGCUGUGGCCACACCCUAACCAAACUCUUCAACCAUAAACUUGUAGAAAGAGUCUAUCAAUUAAGAGUCAAUAAUGCAUUGUAUAUAAAGAGAAAGGAUCAUUUGAUGUAUGUAUUUAAUCUGAAAAUGUUUUUAUGUGUAUACAUUAUUAUUUUUUUUUUAGGUCAACCGUGUGAAAAGUGCACUGAAAUUUGGUAUGGUAAAAUGUUACAUGUGGUAGUUCUUAAGAUUCUCACGCAUCUUCGAUGUAUGAUGUUUACAUCUGCAGAAGGUAAAAGAUAAACUAUCUGUUGUGGCUUUAAGAACUAAGCAACCAAAACUGAGAGUUAUGAGAAAGAAAGGGGAUUUAAAGAUUGUGUGUAUAGUUGUGGUUUUUUAGUUUUGGAUGCAAAAUGGCUGAUCUAAUUAAAUGAUUUUGAAGAAAAAUAACACACACACACACACACACACACACACACACAUAUAUAUAUAUAUAUAUAU